AUGAAGACCAACACGGCUUCUGAAAUAAUAAGACUUCUGGAGGAGAGAAGUAUUCAUGUCUUUGAAAAUCACAGUGAGCCAUCACUGAACAUCUCCGACUGCAUGACAAUUGUUGUGCCAGAGGAAGUCUUCUUCACCAUUGCUACAGUAGGAAUCCUGGAGAACCUGCUGGUGCUCAUUGCAGUAGGGAGGAAUAAGAAUCUGCAUUCCCCCAUGUACAUUUUCAUUUGCAGCUUAGCUGUUUCAGACAUGUUAGGAAGUUUGUCCAAGACUCUGGAGAAUAUCUUCUAUAUCAUAUUUUGCAAAAUGAGAUACCUUCCAUGUCGUGGAAAGAUGGCAACAACUCUGGAUGAUAUUAUAGAUUUCAUGUUUAUUUUAUCUUUACUGGGAUCGAUUUUCAGCCUUUCAGCCAUUGCCGCUGACAGAUAUAUAACGAUAUUCUAUGCACUGCGUUACCAUAACAUCAUGACUCAAAGGCGGGCUUUGCUGAUUUUGCUGGUGAUUUGGGCUUUCUGUGCAGGGAGUGGCAUAGCAAUGGUGAUUUUCUCCCAUGAGACUGCAACUAUUGUAUCUUUCUCAGCUCUGUUUUAUUUCAUGCUCAUUUUUAUCCUCUGCCUUUACAUCCAUAUGUUUCUGCUUGCCCGUUCCCAUGCCAUAAAGAUUGCCUUGAUGCCUGCAAGUUCUGUCCACCAGAGAGCUAGCAUGAAAGGAGCCAUUACGUUAACAGUGUUACUUGGUGUUUUUCUCUGCUGCUGGGCUCCCUUUGUUCUUCACAUGCUUCUGAUACGGUUUUGCCCCGAAAACCCUUACUGUGUUUGCUAUUUGUCCAUCUUCCAUGUCAAUGGUAUGUUAAUCAUGUUCAAUGCUGUCAUUGAUCCCAUGAUUUAUGCAUUUCGAAGUCCAGAACUGAGAAGUACUUUUAAAAGAUUGUUCUGCUGCUGGCAGCCAAGCUGGACUUAG